AUGGUCAACUUCAAGCAUUUAUUCAAUACCGGUGACAAGGAAUUAGAUGAGCCAUUUAUUUUUGCAUCUCAGGCAACUCAAGUUUACUAUGUGCAAGAUCCUAUUGAUGCUGAUUGGUUUGCUGUUUUAAAGUCAAAACAACGUGACAUGUAUGAUAUGGAAGAAAGGCUAGACAAUAGUACAGAAAUAGGUUCUUUCUUGCCAGAUUUGGAUGCAAACACGCAAGUGAAUGUAUCUAUUGGUGGUAGUUGUGUUAGGACUGAUAUAGAUGGAAUAAUGGUUGCUGAAAACCAACCUAGAGGAAAGUUUGUAAGAGGAAGAGGAAUGGGUAAAGAAACGGAGGUCAAUGAAUAUGAACUACAAAGGGCUACCAACAUAAAAGAAAAUUUGAAGCGGAUGAGAUCUCUUAAUCUCCAUGUACCUAGUACUAUGGUUAGUGAAGAAGCAAAUGGAUCACAUCAAGCCAAUAAGAAACAUAAGACAAGGACAUUAGCAGCUUCAACUAAUGGACCUACUUUGCGAUCAAGGACUGAAAGGGAUAUUGUUGAUGAAGAAUCUGAAAAUAGUUACGAAGAAUCUGAAAACCCCAUCAAUGAUGAAGAGCAACCUAUUGGGCAUCGAAAUAUAAAGAAAGGAAGGGGCCCAACCUUGAAGAAGAACAUAUAUUCAAGUAGUGGUGGGCCUAAAAUCUGCAUUACCCUUAAUGAAUAUGGACAACCAGUUGGUAGGAACAGCAAAGAGUUUGGUAAUUUCAUAGGAACUUUGGUGAGGAAAAAUAUCCCGGUUUCUUGUGAGGAUUGGAGACUAGUUGAUUCUAAAAAGAAGUUUGAGUUAUGGACAAAAGUGAAGGAAUACUAUGAAGUGGAUGAAUCUGGUAUAGAUUAUGUUAUAACAUCUGCAGCAAAAAAGUGGAGAGAGUUUAAGGCUGACCUAAAGAACAAAUAUUUUGAUGAAACAUUGAGUUUUGAAGAGCUUAUUGCUAAAAGGGAUGAAAGGGUGAAAGAAUCUGAUUGGGAGUGGUUGAUAACUUAUUGGAUGUCUCCAGAAGCCGAGGUUCGUACAAACAGAGGUAAAGAUAACCGUUCAAAGCUGACUAUGUCGCAUGCAGCUGGCAGCAAGAGUUAUGCUCGUGUGGGGCAUGAACUGGCCGAGCAACAAGGACGCCCUGCGAGAAGAGAUGAAAUAUAUGUUAGAACACACACGCGUAAGAACAAAGAAGGGGAUAUUGUGCCUCUACCUGGAGCAGAAAUAUUCAUUAAUAAAUUUGAAGAAGCUGUUGCUGAGAACCCAGAACUGAAGGACAGAAGUAUUGAAGAUGGUGAUUUAUAUGCACAUGUUUUUGGAGAGAAAGAACCAAGAGGUCGUAUUCGUGGUUUAGGCUUAGGACCAACUCCACAAGAUGUAGGCACCCCUGGAACUCAAAUGAAAAUGUCAACAAAGCUUCAAAUGGCAUUGCAAGCUCGCAGUCAGUCUGAGCAAGAGUUCGCCGUCUAUCGAGUUAAUUAG